AUGUCACAAGCGGAGCUUCAAGUAGUAGCUGAUUUAGAGAUGGAGAUGAUGACAGAUAUGUAUAAAAGAAUGAGUUCAGCAUGUCAGCAAAAAUGCAUUUCAACUCGCUAUAGAGAAGGGGAGUUAACAAAAGCUGAAGCAGUGUGUUUGGAUCGUUGUGUCGCGAAAUAUUUAGAUAUACAUGAAAAGCUUGGGAAAAGGUUGACUGCAAUGUCACAGCAAGAUGAAAAGCAGUUACAGCAAAUACAGCAGCAAAUGAACAAGCAAUUGCAAGAAAAAGUGAAGUAA